GAUGAAUCAAGGAGAGUAUAUCUCUUUGAAGAGUGAGUGCAUCUGCGAAUCUGUCGGUCUUACAAGCGGUGGAGCAAAUCCCGCAGGCCGUGCGCAGCAGUCAGAGACGGGAUCGCAAAAGAGCUUCCGGCAGGUUGAUCAUCUCGCUUCUCGAAAACAGCUCAUAUACCCUUCAAUAACUUUAGAAAAACCCUUCAUCAGGACGCUCAUCAGAAACCGUCAACAAAUAGGCCGAUCAACUGACGUUCUGAUCGCUCGCCCUUUCAUCAAUAGCCUCGGAAUUUUCACCAUCCUUUGGGGCCGAUUAAAGGUUUUCCAUUAGAAUCACGACCGACCGAUCAUGUCUCAAGAGUCUAAAACAGUGGACAACGAGCGAAAGGAGCUGCCGAGAGCGGGAGGAUCGGGUGUAGCAAUGAGUCAUCGAGAGGGGAAAUAUAUCAUUCAAGUCACUCCCGAAUACUUCGACACUCGACAACGUAGAUGGAUCGCGAGUAGGACCGUCCGCACGAUCGCACCUGAGUACAUGUCUCCCGUUGGCGCUUCAUCGACGGGAGUGCACCCUACCCCUAUCCAGAAAGAUACAAGUGUGAAUGGCGAGAGAGUCCAGGAAGCGAAUUCGUCAACGAAUACUCAAUCGAUCUCCAUCGCCACUAGCGAGAAUAGGCGCGAACAUUCACUUGGACUCCAAGGUGGACGACCAGUCGCGGCUCCGAGAUCAUCAUUGGCCGUCGUCCAACCCACAGCUACCACUGGAGACAAGCGCAAGCAUAACGAGCUCGAAAAAGACUCGCCCGCCGGCAAGGAGAAUGAUCAAGCCGUCAACAAGAGACAUCGGCUUGGCCAGUUCUCAGUCAACAUCGACGUGAGGUGGGGGGAUGAGACUAAAGCCGAGAAAUAUACCAUGAAGAAUGAGUGCGCACCGUACAAGGAUUUGGAAGGGAUGUUCAAUAGGUCGCGAGACGAGGUCUUGGCAAGGUAUCAACGUCGAGCUUUAGGCUUGUCUAAAGACGACGACCUCCCAAAGACCGAAUCCGAGGCGCCCGAAAGCGAGACCAGCAAAGCCAAGCGAGAAGCGGCGGAGACGAAAGCGAUCGACGAUCGCUACUACAAUCUAGCAAACCGGAGGAUCGAUGUUGAGAUGAAGGAAGUUUUGCUGGUCAAGGAGCAAAGAUGGAGGACCGAAGCUGAGGCCAAGCUAGUCGAAGUGAAGCUCGCUGAAGUCAAGCUGGUCGAGGCUAGGCUUCAUUUGCAGUGGGCGAAGAACGAAAAUCUUAGGAUCAGGAACAACGGAAGAGGGAAAGGACGCACAGGAAAUACGGAUUCCGACUUCUCGACUUCCGACCUGUCUGACCUUUCGGACGAGGGCUCCGACUGGUGAAUCGGCAUCGAAGCGG